AUGUCGGUGGGGGUGUCGACGGUGGUGCCAGACAAAAUUGGCUCGCUGCUGUUUUGCAGUGCAUGCGGUAGUCUGCUGGAUCUACCGAACAAUGAUGACGUCCUGACAUGUGCGCCAUGCGGCACGUCACACGAUGCUCGAAUCUAUGAUAAUCUCGCGAUCGUGACCCGAUCACAUCCCACUGCGUUUCCAUCCGUCCUGCGUCAAAAGCGCCAACUCGUGAGUCAUACCGGCGAGGAUGGCGACGUAGAAAUGGAGCAGGCGACCAUUAAGGAAAAGUGUCCGGGAUGUGGCAAUGAGGAAAUGAACUAUCAUACGCUCCAGCUGCGCAGUGCCGAUGAGGGCACAACUGUAUUCUACGACUGCCCCAAGUGCGGCUACAAAUUUAGCCAGAACAACUGA